AUGGAGGAUUCCGGAAAGACUACUUUCAGCUCUGAGGAAGAAGAAGCUAACUACUGGAAAGAUCUGGCCAUGACCUAUAAACAGAGGGCAGAGAAUACUCAAGAAGAGCUGCGAGAAUUCCAAGAGGGAAGCCGAGAAUAUGAAGCUGAAUUGGAGACGCAGCUGCAACAAAUCGAAACCAGGAACCGGGACCUCCUGUCAGAAAAUAACCGUCUCCGCAUGGAGCUAGAAACCAUCAAGGAGAAGUUUGAAAUGCAGCAUUCUGAAGGUUACCGACAGAUCUCAGCCUUGGAGGAUGAUCUUGCACAGACAAAAGCAAUUAAAGACCAAUUGCAGAAAUAUAUCAGAGAGCUGGAGCAAGCCAAUGAUGACCUGGAGAGAGCAAAAAGAGCCACAAUCAUGUCUCUGGAAGACUUCGAGCAGCGUUUGAAUCAAGCCAUUGAGAGAAACGCCUUCCUGGAGAGUGAACUCGAUGAGAAGGAGAAUCUCCUAGAAUCCGUCCAGCGACUAAAAGAUGAAGCUAGAGAUUUGCGGCAGGAAUUGGCUGUGCAGCAGAAGCAGGAGAAACCCCGGACCCCUGUGCCCAGUGCAGUGGAAGCUGAAAGGACGGACACCGCUGUCCAGGCCACCAGCUCCAUACCAUCCACACCCAUAGUUCAUCGCGGACCCAGUACCAGCUUAAACACACCAGGGACCUUUCGACGUGAUCUGGAUGACUCCUCUGGUGGGAUCCCGCUCACGCCUGCGGCCCGGAUAUCUGCCCUCAACAUUGUGGGAGACCUACUGCGGAAAGUAGGGGCAUUGGAAUCAAAACUUGCAUCUUGCCGGAACUUCGUGUAUGAUCAGUCUCCAAACAGAACAAGUGGGCCAGCCUCAGGGCAGGGGAGCAAAAACAGAGAUGGUGGCGACAGACGGGCCAGCAGCACCAGCGUGCCUUUGAGUGAUAAAGGGUUGGGAAAACGCCUGGAAUUUGGGAAGCCGGCUUCAAAUAUUUCCUCACCAUCGCUGCCGUCAGCCCAGGGUGUAGUCAAGAUGUUGCUUUAG